AUGGGGGAAGAGAGGCUGGUGCACAGUCUCCGUGAUGCCCUGGCCAGCCAGCCCCACCCAGCACAGAAGGAGGAUGCUGACACGCAGACUGCCACCCCCGUGGAACCUCUAGUAAUACAGGAAGCCACGUGGGUUGUAACACAAGACGGAGCCGCACAGACAAUCGUCGCGGCGAAGAACAAGGCAACCCAGGUCAUCAUGGAGGACGCCCCUUGCCCCCUCUUCAAGAUGCAGUUGCAGAAGAUAAAGUGGGAAGUUCUCGUCGCCACGAUAGAAAAAGCCGAGAACGCAAGCAAAGAAGAAGGGUCUAGGACCACUGAAGACGCCGAAGCCGCCGGCUUUGAGGCUGCGAUAGACCCUGUAGUGUCACAAGCAGACACAUACAAGAAGAAGAAGGACAAGAAGAAGAACCUUUCUGGAGAGGAGAGAGCCGAUAGGCUGACAGAUGCAGCUUUUGAUGGGCAAGUGGCCGAGCUGCGUGCUCUGCUCGCAGCCGGGGCGGACAUCGAAGCGCUGGACAGUUCAGGGUGGACUGCUCUGCACGCGGCAGCGAGGGCGGGAAACGUACAGGCCUUGAAGUGUCUGCUGGCGGCGGGGGCAGACGUGGGAGGGAGAAUCGACGGUGGGUUCAGCGCCCUGCAUUGGGCAGCAACAUUGGAAUAUUCGGACUUGGCGAAGUGCCUGCUGGAGGCGCGGGCAGAUGUGGGCGCCAGGGGUGGCUACCAGAAGACGUCUCUGCACUGGGCUGCAGCGAAAGGCCAUUUGGCUGUGGUGCGGCUGCUCUGUGCGGCCUCAGCAGAAGUCAAUGCCAGGGAUCAGUGGGGGUCUACUCCGCUGCACUACGCUGCGUCCUAUGACUACACAGAGGUGGCGGCUGCGAUGUUGGAGGUAGGAGCGGACAGGACGGUCAGGGAUGAGGAUGAGCUCACGCCACUGGACAUCGCCACGGACAAGCAAAACCAGAAGCUCAUAGACGUACUAAGAAGAACCUAG